AUAAUCCGGUUUGUUUACGUGUGCAUUUUGAAUUUUUAUUUAUUCCCGAAAAAUUGGGAGUUUUGACUUAAAAUCCUCAAAGUCGUUCUUGUAGAAGAUCCAAAAGUUUUUCGUAUUUACUACUAAAAUAACAUUAAGGUUAGAAUUUCUAAUGCACCAAUCAUCAUGUCUUUUGUAGUGUAUUUAAGCAGAAGAUCGCGUACGAUACGUUUAUUGGUUUUUGGGGUGAUUUUAGUUUUAGUUAUUUACUUAUUAGCUACUUACGAUAAGGAUACGAAUAGUAAUUUUCGAUUAGCAAGGCUUACACAGAAUUUAGGAGAACGUCAGGUUCCCAGACUGAUAACGGGAUUAGGUAAUUUCGAACCCAAAGAAAUCGAAGACCGAGAUGGCCCUGGAGAAAAGGGCGCAGCCCACCAUCUGCAGCCCAGCCAACAAAACGACAUUGAUCAAUCUGAGAGCGAUUACGGCAUGUGUGUGGCUUGUUCUGAUGAAAUUUCACUUGAUCGCAGUAUUUUGGACACACGAUUACCCGAAUGCGCCCACUGGGAUUAUCCGACCGAUUUGCCCACCACUAGCGUCAUCAUAGUUUUCCACAACGAAGGCUGGUCUGUAUUGCUCCGUACAGUCCACAGCGUUCUAAACCGCACUCCCAAAUAUCUACUCAAAGAAGUUCUACUCGUCGAUGAUUUUUCUGACAAAGAAAACCUAAAGUAUGACUUGGAAAAGUACAUCGAGCAAUUUGACGGAAAAGUACGACUAAUACGUAACUCGCAAAGAGAGGGUCUGAUAAGGACGAGAAGUAGAGGAGCUGUAGAAGCUAGAGGCGAAGUUAUAGUGUAUUUGGAUGCUCACUGCGAAGUCAACACCAAUUGGCUACCUCCAUUAUUGGCCCCAAUCUACAGAGAUCGCACUAUAAUGACUGUACCGAUAAUCGACGGUAUCGAUCAUAAAACAUUCGAAUAUCGGCCGGUAUACGGCGAGGAUCGACAUUUUAGAGGCAUUUUCGAAUGGGGAAUGCUUUACAAGGAAAACGAAGUGCCUGAGAGAGAGCUGAAGUCUAGAAAACACAAUAGCGAGCCCUAUAAAAGUCCCACACACGCGGGCGGAUUAUUCGCUAUUGAUAGGAAAUAUUUCUUGGAAAUUGGCUCCUAUGAUCCUGGUUUGCUAGUUUGGGGUGGAGAGAAUUUCGAGUUGAGUUUUAAAAUAUGGCAGUGCGGAGGCAAAAUCGAAUGGGUCCCUUGCAGUCGCGUUGGUCACGUAUACCGCAGUUUCAUGCCCUAUAAUUUUGGAAAAUUGGCUCAGAAGAAAAAAGGCUCUUUGAUCACCAUCAACUACAAACGUGUAAUCGAAACGUGGUUUGACGAGAAACACAAGGAAUUUUUCUAUACUAGAGAACCAAUGGCUAGGUUCUUAGAUAUGGGUGACAUCAGCGAACAGCUGGCCUUAAAAGAUAGAUUAGGUUGCAAAAAUUUCCAGUGGUACAUGGACAAUGUAGCUUAUGACGUAUUAGAAAAAUAUCCCGAAUUACCUCCAAAUGUUCAUUUUGGUGAAUUACGUUCUGUAGCAGUUACUAAAUGUUUAGACACAUUAGGUCAUGGUCCGCCUUCUUUGAUGGCAGUCCAACACUGUCACGGUUUCGGCAACAAUCAACUCAUCAGGCUAAACGCCAAAGGUCAACUGGGAGUUGGGGAACGAUGUAUCGAAGCCGACGCCCAAGGUAUCAAGUUAGCCUUUUGCCGUUUGGGUACGGUUGACGGGCCUUGGCUUUAUGAUGAAUCGUCUCAUACUUUAAUGCAUCGGGUGCAUAAAAAAUGUAUGGCUUUGCACCCGCAAACGUCGCAUUUGUCGUUGAUGCCUUGCGAUGUUAAUAACGCCUACCAGCAAUGGGUUUUUAAGCCAUUGACGCCUAAAUGGUAGGAAGUGGACUUUUGUAAAUAUUGCAGCUGAUAAGUGUAAAUAAUAAUUUAUUGGUGGAGGACUUAGUUUUUUUUUUUUUUUAAUUAUGCAAUUAAACAAUCAUUAUUUUUAACGCUGUGUCUAGCCUCCCGGCACCGGUAUUCAUACGAAUCCCGGUUGUGACGCGUUUUAAAUGACGUCAUGAACAACCACCGGUAACUGUCGUGGAUCCCGGCUAUUGCUAUACAAGAUGUUAAUAAUUAUUAUGUUCAUUGGUAUUGGGGCAGAUUUAUUAUGAAGAGUAAAAAAAGUAAACAAAGUCGGGCGCGAUAGGCUUUUAUUAAUGGAAAAUAAAAUUAUGACUUUUAUUAUAUGUACAGUAGGGUCUUUCCCCAUAUAUUGACCCCCACACUACACGGGUUAUGUGAAGAGAUAUCAAAAAAUUGUAAAUACCAGGUGUCCCACUAAAUCGGCCAAGAGAAAUUGAUGGAAAUUAUUUUUAAGUUUCUAGGAUGACCACUAGGGGGCGCAAUUACGAUGAUAUAGCUGAAAAUUCAACUUUUCUCAAGAAAUCGCUGUAUUAAGAUACUGUUUUAACAACAGAAAUCAAAAGUUCAUUAAUUUUUGCGCCAGUUUGGUUAUUAGGCUUUUUUUCGUAUCUUCAGUAAUAAGGGUGGGGGAAGCUGGUGAAUUUUUUUUUUUCAGAAAUUGCUGUAUCUUCCAUACCCCUCAUUCAAACUCAUUCAAUUUGGGUUUAUUUGGAAGAGAAUUUCAUUGUUAUUAAGAACACCACUUCGUUCGAGGUCGAUAGUUCCCACCGCGUUUUCUAGAGAGCGCUGUUUAUUCAAGAUCCAGUUUUUUCUAAUUUUCAUGAAAAAUCCAAAUGGCAUAAUAUUUUUGUAUUGUUAUGCUUAAAGAGCAAAAAAAUAUCUACAUUUUGGCGCAAACCGCAAUUCAAAAUCUGCAUUCGUUUUCAAGUUACGUAAGGUCUAUGGUCUCCAUAAUAUCGUACCUGGCCGACCUUAGUGGGACACCCUGUACAAAAGUUUUGGGGUUUUCCCUGAAAUUUUUGAAUCCGAUGUAGAAAACUUUUUUGUUUUUUAGAAAUGUCAAAUUUUAACAGAUGGUCAGUUUUUUUCUCAUGAAACACCCCAUAUAUGACUUCAUAGUUGAAAAGAGUCAAAUUUUCUAAUUUUCAAAUAUACAGCGCGCGGUUAUCCAUAUCUUCUAUACUAACAGAGAUGAGAGAAAAAACUAAAAUACAAAACCUGUAGAUAAACAUGAGUACUUUAUUUUUUUACACAGGGUACCCCAAAACUAGAGGUUAAUAUUUUAACUGCGGAUUCUAAAUCUCAAAUUAAGAGCAAAAGUUCCCAUUAAUAUGAGUCCAAGAGUACCCUAUUUCAGGCUAUUGAAAAAGCUAUUGUCCUGAAUAAUGAAUGAAAAUAAACCAUACUAUUCCCUUUUUAAACCACUACUAUGAAAAGUGGAUUAACGAAGUACUUACCACUUUAAUACCAAUAUCACAACAAGAAACAAUUAUACACAAAAGCUAUUCCGGAAUUAAUCACAGCCUCAAGCAGCAAGAGAAACACGACUUUGAAUUUUGAAUCCAAUAGCCGGGAUCUACGAUAAAUCCCGGCGGUCGUUGAUAGCGUCAUUGAAAACGCGUCAUAACCGUCAUUCGUAUGAAUACUGGUGCCGGGAAGCUAGACACAGCGUAUUUUUAAUGGUGAAUAAAAGACUUUUUUCUGUGCCUUUUUUUCUAUACAAUUUGGGCACUAGAUCAAUGAAAAUUUCCUCCCAGUGUUAUCUGUUUCAAUCAUAUCACUAUUAAUUUUUACAAAAUGUACGUACUUAACUUAAUUGUUUUUUAUUGUUAAAUAAAUUUAUUAUAAAUAAAUGUUUUUUUUUUUAA